ACACACAUCUACUAACCUAUCCAUAGCAAUCACAUAUCUUAAUCAGAUCAAUCAGAAUGGCGGCGGGCGGCGGCAGUAGCAAGAGGACGUGGGUGGUGGACGUGGAGAAGAAGCUCAAGGAAGCCGACAAGUCGGUGGAGAUGUCGCGGUGGGAGCGCCACUGCAUCUACCGCGUGCCGCCCUGCAUGACCAACAUCAAGAGCAAGGCGUACCAGCCGCAGGUAGUGUCGCUGGGCCCCUUCCACCACGGCGACCUCGACCUGCGGCCCAUGGAGGAGCACAAGUGCCGGGCGCUGCGGCAGCUGCUCCAGCGCGUGGAGCGGACCUUCGACGAGCUCGUCGACGGCGUGGAGGAAGUCGCGGAGCAGCUGGAGGGCGCGUACAUGGACCUCGACAGCGAGUGGCGCGCCGACGGCGGGUCAAGGGAGCGGUUCCUGGCCAUGAUGAUCUUCGACGGCUGCUUCCUGCUCGAGGUGAUGAGGUGCACGGCCGCUGACGGGAAGCAGGUCGGCGACUACGCGCAUAACGACCCCAUCUUCAGCCGCCACGGGAUACUCUACAUGGUGCCCUACAUCCGGCGAGACAUGCUCAUGCUCGAGAACCAGCUACCGCUGCUGCUGCUCCAGAAGCUCGUUGAGGUUGAGAGUGGAAAGCCUCAGAACGACGACUUCAUCAACCGAAUGGUGCUGAAAUUUCUAGCGCAAUCUUCCGGCCCACUACCACCAGGCGUCGGCCUAGGGCUCCACCCACUGGAUGUCUUUCGCCGGAGCAUGCUCACUGGUAAGUGCCAUCAAAUCCGUAGUCCCCAGGACAAUGAGGAGGACAACACAAUCAUCCGGUCAGCAGUGGAGCUCUAUGAAGCCGGGAUUCAGUUCAAGCCGAGCAAGACGCCGAGCCUGCACGACAUCCGGUUCCGGCGGGGCACGCUGAGCAUGCCGACGGUGUCGGUGGACGACUCCACUGAGUACAUGUUCCUCAACAUGAUGGCGUUUGAGCGGCUGCACGCCGGCGCCGGUAACGACGUGACCGGCUACGUCUUCUUCAUGGACAACAUUAUCGACUCAGCCAAGGAUGUGGCGCUGCUCAGCUCCAAGGGGAUCAUCCAGAACGCCAUCGGCAGCGACCAGGCCGUGGCCAAGCUGUUCAACACUAUAUCCAGGGACGUGGUGCUUGAGCCCAACAGCGCGCUCGACGCCGUGCAGCGGCAGGUGAACGGCUACUUCCGGCAGCCAUGGAACAUUUGGCGCGCCAACCUCAUCCACACAUAUUUCAGGAGCCCCUGGGCGUUCCUCUCCCUCGCCGCGGCUGUCUUCCUCCUCGGCAUGACCGUCAUGCAGACCGUCUACACCGUGCUGCAGUUCUACGGGAACGACAGCAACAGCCUGCCACCGUCGGCACCAUCUCCUAUGUGAGCCAGCCGGCCGCAAAAACUUAGUAAUCACUAAGUACCUGCUACCCGAUCUGCUUGCUUCAUGAAUUCGUUUUGCUUUCUGUUCGAGUUUUUGUUGUCGUUUUGUUUUUUGCGAGCGAUUCGAGCUUUUGUUGUUGUCGUACAUUGUCAAGCCUCGGGUUACCUGGACUCUGCAAGAACGAAGAUAGUAUGUGACGUGUUUGUGACUUUGUGUUGCUUUCGUUAUGAUUCAGUAUAUUCUUCGCAUUUGCUAUUCACUUGGCAACAACUAAAAUAAAUAGUUUUUUCGAUUGAUAGGUUUUAAAAGUGAGUAGGGCAGCAAUGCGCUCAAGAUUUCAGAACCGCCAAACUACCCAGUUCUACAAAAUUCAGAAAAUAAAAGGCCGCGGCCAAUGGCCACUCCAAUGGAGUCGCGCCUGGAAAACACCUUCCUGGAGGAUCUUCGGAGGGGGAGGAUGAUGCGCCGGGGCCUUCAACUUCGCGCCCGUGAGCCAGCCGCCGGUGGCGGAGGUUGGUG